AUGGCCGAAGUAGAUGAGGCAAUCAAGCUGAAGUUGCAGCUAUUAGGCAACUCUACCCCCUUGACCGUCCAGCGGAAGGAUACUAUCUCUGAGGUGAUAAAGAUGUUCAAGCAGGUCGUUCCUGUCGAGAGCGAUCACAUUGUGGAAUUGUUCUACAACACGACGCGCCUCCAGGACGUCCGCACCAUUCGACAGUGUGGCCUCAACGAAGGUGACUCGCUUACGGUUGUUGUCCGAGAGCGUCCAAUGCAUAAUUCUUUUGCAAGCAGCAUCGAAGCGUUAGAUUUGGAGCCUAUGCGGCCGGCGCAGCCCAUGCACGCCCAACAUCUGCCACAGAAGCAAGUGGAGUUGCAGACAGCUGCUGCGGCCAACCCAGCUGAGACAAUCGCGCUUAACUUGCUUCAGGUAUCAGGCAACUCUACCCCCUUGACCGUCCAGCGGAAGGAUACUAUCUCUGAGGUGAUAAAGAUGUUCAAGCAGGUCGUUCCUGUCGAGAGCGAUCACAUUGUGGAAUUGUUCUGCAACACGACGCGCCUCCAGGACGUCCGCACCAUUCGACAGUGUGGCCUCAACGAAGGUGACUCGCUUACGGUUGUUGUCCGAAAGCAAAUCCAGACUGCCAUCGAGGAGCGCGAGAAGGAUCACACCCCAGAGUGGCAGAAGUUUUAUCCAGGCUUAGCACCGGUCCACGCCCUGCCGAAGAACCAGCGGAUGACGGGCGCUCAGACGAAAGUCUUCGACAGACACGCGUAUCGCGCCGGGAACUUCGGCGACAUCUUCAAGCAGAUGAUCGUGCAGACUGUGGUCGACCUCAAGGUGAACAAGAAGGAUGCUUCAUCGCCGGUCUGGUAUGUUGAGCCUUGCGGCGGCGAAGGUGAGUACCAUGUCCAGCGCAUGCGCAGUGAGAUGGACAACCGGAAACCCAUCAAGUGGCCCACCGCUGAGGACCUUUAUUCAGUCUUGGAGAAGGAAGACAUGACUUACAUGCCCAUGGAGGUGAAGAACUGGAUGGACACAGUGAAGCUGCUGAACUUCGACGAGGAGAUGGACUGGGAGCUGAAGGGCGAAGGAGCCCUGGGAGAUGCGGAAGACCAGGAAGACCAGAACAUCCAGUGGCUACCCAGCUCGACGCUAGUGGCACUGCGCCUCCUGCGAAAGCAAGAUCCGGUGACCAUCUGGGAGGACAACCGGCCAGCCUUCGCGGCUAUGUUCAACUUUGUGCGGAACUGGAGCUCACAGUUAGAUCCACACAUCGAGUUGAUCUACAAGGAUGGCCUCAAGCACACGCACCGCCGCUGGGUUCAGCGGAGGCCAGGCUCCAUCUCCGAAGCGUUCGGAAAGCAGAAGGGGCAGCGCGGUAUUGUCUUCAUAGAUCCCGACUACUCCCGAGGGGGCGAAGCAGAGCGCUGCCUCGCCUUGGUCGUGGACCUCUGGAAACACUGGCGUUCGGCGACUGUCAUGGUGACCUACCCCAUAGGCCCCCGGUACGAAAAGAAGGCGCGGGACUUCAACCGAAGGCUGCGCCAGACGGACAAGACGUUGGACCUGCUGACCAUCGAGGCCUACGUUGAAAACAAGGACUGGCACGAGAACAGCGAGGAGGAUAAGUGGCGAGGCUACGGCAUCCUCAUCUCGCAAGCACCGGGAACGACGGCUGAGCGAGCCAAAGCCGCCCUCAAGGUGACCUGCGACGCGCUUUCCACCAUGCCAGAGGCGCAUCCCAUCCACAUCCGCGUGGAGCGGCUCUGA